UAGAUGGAGAAUAGGACAGAAGUGACACACUUCAUCCUGCUGGGACUGACCAAUGACCCAGAUCUACAAGUCCCUCUCUUUGUGACCUUCCUCCUCAUCUACACCAUCACUCUGGCUGGGAACCUGGGGAUGAUCCUGUUGAUUGUCUUGGACUCCCGUCUCCACAGUCCCAUGUACUUUUUCCUGGGCAACCUGUCUCUGGUGGACUUUUGCUACUCUUCAGCUGUCACUCCCAAGGUCAUGGCUGGGCUCCUUCUUGGAGACAAGGUCAUCUCCUACAAUGCUUGCGCUGCUCAGAUGUUCUUUUUUGUGGUCUCAGCUACUGUUGAAAAUUUCCUCUUGUGCUCAAUGGCCUAUGAUCGCUAUGCAGCAGUGUGCAAGCCCCUGCACUACACCACCACCAUGACAACAAGUAUGUGUAUGUGGCUGAUCUUAGGCUGUUAUGUCAUUGGUUUCCUGAAUGCCUCUAUCCACACUGGUAACACAUUCAGUCUUGUGUUCUGUCUUUCCAAUGUGGUCCAUCACUUUUUCUGUGAAAUUCCAGCAGUCAUGGUUCUUUCCUGCUCGGAGAGACAUGUUAAUGAGCUGGUUCUUAUUUAUGUAGCCAGCUUCAAUAUCUUUUUUGGUGUUGUCGUUAUCGUAAUAUCCUACAUAUUCAUUUUCAUCACAAUCCUGAAGAUGCGCUCAGAUACAGGACAUAGGAAGGCUAUAUCCACCUGUGCCUCCCACUUCACAGCAGUCUCCAUUUUCUAUGGGACUCUAAUCUUCAUGUACUUACAGCCCAGCUCCAGUCACUCCAUGGACACUGACAAAAUCAUAUCUGUGUUCUAUACUAUGGUCAUCCCCAUGCUGAACCCUAUGGUCUACAGCCUGAGGAACAAGGAGGUCAAGAGCGCAUUCACAAAGACGGUUUUAAAAGCAAAAUAA